AUGGCAGGAACAGGAGUUCCGCCAAUCAAUAUCGAGGGCACCGCUGAUUGGUCAUCCUUAAGCAGGAUGAUGAACAGCAAGGGGAUUCAAUUCUCCAAGGCGAGGACGGCGGGUACCAGUGUGAAGGUAUUCACAAAUACACCAGCUGACUACCGUCAGCUAGUCGCACUGCUGGAUUCCAUCAAGCGGCCCUUCUUCACCUAUCAACUGAAGGAGGACAGGAUGGACCAGAGGGUCAUUCGUGGGCUUCCCAGGGAGAUGUCAGUCAAUGACAUCAAAGAGGAUCUAGUGAGCCAAGGCAUCGCAGACGCCGAGGUUCAGCAGAUGACCUCAAGGACCACAAAGAAGCCACUUCCGCUCUUCCUCGUCAAGACGAAGAUGCCGGAAAAGCUUGCAGAGAUCCAGAGGCUGGCCAUGCUCACGGUCAGCUUCGAGAGGAAGAAAAAGUCUUCCGAGCCCAGCCAAUGUUACCGCUGCCAGCGGUACGGGCACACACAGCGGAACUGCCGUCUCGCUGAACGAGUAAAGAAGAUGCCACGAAAUUACACCAAGAAAAAUGUGAGGGCCAUGUGGUCGGCAGAAGAUCUGAUAAAUGCAAUCUCGGAUGUUAGAUGUGGUCGUGGUUCAAUAAGGCAAAUAAGUCGGACAUAUGCUGUGCCUGUUAGGACCUUAAUGAGGAGGAUCCAAUCAGGAAACGCAAACAAGGUCAAGUUAGGGCGUAAGAGUUAUCUAAGUCCAGAACAUGAACGAAGCUUGGUAGAUUAUAUCAAAAAAAUGGAGAAGAUGGGUUUUGCGUUAACACCUGUAGACGUAAAAAAGAUUGCGUACUCUUUUACCAUCUGUAAUAACAUAGAAAAUAAUUUUAAUCCGGAGAAAAAAGAAGCUGGCCAUUACUGGUUCUGCUCUUUUAUGAAGAGACAUCCAAAUUUAUCCAUUCGAAAAGCUCAGGGAAUGUCAACGGCUCGAGCUCAAGGUAUCAACAAAGAAGAAUGCGAUCAUUACUUUGACCUGCUCGGGAACCUUUUAACAGAAAAUAACCUAAUAUCCGCUCCCAGAAAAAUUUUCAAUGUAGAUGAAACUGGGGUUCAGCUAAAUAACAACCCAGGAAAGGUAAUUGCUACCAGAGGUUCCAAAAUGGUAAAUUGUGUAACAAGUGCAGAGAAAGGUGAGACUGUGUCAGUUAUAGCCUGCGUGAAUGCAGAAGGUCAUUUCCUUCCACCCUACUGUAUUAUGAAGGGAAAAAACAAGAAAAAAGAAUUUGAAGACGGAUUGCCACCAGGUGGUACAGUUGUAAUGAGUGAAAAAUCGGCGUAUGUAACUACGGAUAUUUUCAAAGCAUGGCUUCUUCAUCACUUUAUUCCACGUAAAGAACAAGGCAAAGUACUCCUCGUCCUUGACGGUCAUUCCUCUCAUUGCUCUGAUGUGGAAAUACUAGUCCUGGCAACAGCCAAUGACAUAAUUCUGUUGUGCCUACCUAGCCACACUACUCAUUGGCUGCAGCCAUUAGAUAGAUCAUUCUUCAAGCCUCUUAAGGUUUAUUGGAAUGAAGCAUGUAAGAAAUGGGUACAAAACAAUCCCGGUCGCAAACUCUCCAGAUUGCAGUUUCCGUCACUCCUCAAUACUGCAUGGUGUAAAGCUGCCUCAGUUCAAAAUGCAGUAUCAGGAUUUAGGACAUGUGGUAUUUUUCCUUUUGAUAAAUCCAAAAUCCCAGAAUAUGCUUUUAUCUGCAAAAAUACUGCAAAUGCUGCUCUUAGAAAUGAGAAUUCACCGGAUGAAAAUAUUGGGGAAGCCACCGCUCAUGUCAUUAUUGAUGCCAACAACCAAAACAACGGGCGUUCUCCAAAGACAGCUGAUCCAGAUCAAAAUCCAUUUGAAGCUAUUUCAGCGGUUCCGUGCAUACCAGGAACGAGUGGGUGCCAGAAGCGAAAACAGCAUGCAGAGGUACUAACAUCACCAGAGGUAGUAGCAGCAAAACGAGAGAAAAAAGAGGCCAAAGAAAAAAAAAGAUCUGCGAAACUGAUGAAAUCCCAGCAACGGAUGAAAAAAACGGAUGAGAAACACAGUAGCAAUACUAAGGAAAAGGCAGGAAGUAACAAAAAGCUUGCCAAAGAAAAAAGUCGUAGAAGAGCCCGAUUUGAUUCUAGUUCGUCCGAAAGCGAAACGGAAGUAGUUACACAGGAAAGUGGUGAAUCAGAAAUAGAAGUAGACCGUUCUGAAAUUUGUGCAGAAUGCGGUGGAUAUUAUUUCUACAAAAAGGGUCCCAAAUGCGAUUGGAUACAAUGCACGAGUUACCUUCUUCAACCCCGAGCGUGCCGAAGAAACUAUAUUCUUCGUUCGUGUGCUACGUGCCAGCAUCGUCUCACGGAACAGUAUCCUCUCGCUAUGGUGGUUAGAGACCAACUGAUUGAACAACGUGGUAUGUCUGUAGUUAAAGGAUGCUGUGAAGUACAGCAAAGAAAAGGUAGUAAAUCUAGAUGAAGACACUGACAUUACUAAAGUUCCCGCUUUAUCUAACACGAAUAAAACAGAAACACAUUCAGAACCGGGUAACAGUCAAAGAUAUAAACAUUAAUAGAAAUUUGGUUAAUUCUACAGUACAACCAGAAAAGACAGUUAAUAAAACCAAACGAUAAAAAUCAAAACUGUUUACACUCAAAGAAGGUACUCUACAAAUAUGUAAAUCCUGCAAAAAUGAACGUGUCCAUAAGAAAAAUAAGCGAUAAAGGAGAUGGGGCGGUGAAUAUUGAAUGUAAUAAUGUUGAAGACAUCACAAAAUUGACGUUAGAAGUAGAAAAACAUGUAAGACACAGUUAUAAAGUUAGUGGCUGGGCAUAGGAAGUUACCAAUGAUUAAAGUCGUAGGCUUCUGUGGGGAACUCGAAAGAGCUGGUUAGAGACGUGAAAGAAAGAAACAAUAUUAUAAGCAGUGAUUCGAUGAUAAAUGUAGUGGCAAUUAAAAGAUGGAAUACAGAUAUCAGGCAAUUCUGGAAUUAGAUGAGCAAACAAUUAAAAUAAUUAUGAAAGAAGGUUUACUAUUUGUAUCAAUGGAUGUAUCUACAGUGCUCGAGCAUUAUGAUCUCCUGGGGUGCUUUAACUGCUCAGGACUUCACCAUACAGCUAAGCACUAUACAAAGAAGAGUGUUUGCAUAGAGAGUGGCCAUCAGUCCAAAACCUGUAAAACGCCAAAAACUGGUCUGAACUGCAAGGAAUCAAAUUUGAGGUAUAUUACAAAUAUUGACACAAAUCACACACCGUUCAACAAAAUAUCUAGAACAACACAACUGGAAUAUGAAAAAUCAAAAAAUAAGGCUUACUAUGGAGACAGAUCAUAGCAAUUACAAACAAAACAAGC